AUGAAUGGCACCGACACACCACCCACUUACGAUGUCGUCAUUGUGGGAGCCGGCUUCAGCGGCAUUGCCAUGCUUUAUCGCUUGCGCAAGUUGGGGUUGAGCGUCAGAAUCUUCGAGUCUGGCGAUGAUUUCGGAGGAGUCUGGCAUUGGAGUCAGUAUCCGGGGGCGCGUGUCGAUUCAGAAUGGCCAUACUACCAGUUGAAUAUUCUAGAAGUCUACAAAGAUUGGACAUGGAGUGAGAAGUUUCCUGGAUUUGCCGAACUGCGCCGUUACUUCGCUCAUGUCGACAAUGUGCUGAACCUGCGGAAAGACGUUACUUUCCAGGCCCAUGUUGUGGAUGUUCAGUGGGAUGGCAGCUGGACUACGAAGACACGGCAAGGACACGAAGCCAGAUCGAAGUAUCUUGUUCUAUGCAGUGGCUGGCUUCAUCGUGCGUUCAAGCCGGAUUUCCCUGGCCUUCAGAGCUACAAAGGUGCACUUUAUCAUACAGCAGACUACCCUCAGCAGAUCAACCUGCAAGAGAACAAGGUCGCCGUCAUUGGAGCAGGUGCAACAGCCGUUCAGGUGGUGCAGGAAUUGGCCCAAGAAGUCCAACAUUUGACCGUGUUCAUGCAAAGGCCAAGCAUAUGUCUACCCAUGAGACAAAGGCCACUCGACGACGUCGAACAAAGCGGAUGGAAAAUAUACUUCGACGCGCUCUUCUGCGAAGGUAGGAGAAGCGCGACCGGGUUCCCUGGUCGUCAAUCACCCUACCGAGCUAUCGAUGUUCCACCCGACGAGAGGGAGGAAUUCUUCCUGGAUCUCUGGAGGCGAGGAUCGUUCAAUUACAACAUGUUCAACUACAGCGACAUCAUGGUGAACAAGGAAUCGAACAGGAUUGUCUAUGACUUCUGGGUGAAACAGACGGCGCCACGGCUUAAGAAUGACAGGAAAAGGGCAUUGAUGGUCCCGAAGGAUCCGCCUUAUUACUUUGGAACAAAACGAUGCCCACUAGAGCAGGACUAUUAUAAAUGCUGGACCGGGAUAGCGUUGACAUUGUCAACUUCAUCGACACACCCAUCAAAACCUUCAAUGAGAUGGGAGUCCUGCUAG